AUGUCUGCCAACGAAUCAUCAGCCAUUGUCUUUGUGAACUAUACUCCCAAUUCACCGGCAGCCAAGAAGAAGACCCAAUCCACCACACGAUCCUCACAACAACAACAACUCCCCUCCAAAUCGUCGUACGGACCACCAUUGAAGGCUGUGAAGAGUAACAACAACAACAAUAUUAUGCAAUUCUUCAAAAAGUCUUCAUCACUCUCCGAACAAGCUUCUACUUCUACUUCUUCUUCCGUAUUGGUUUCAUCUUCCAAUGUUUUAAAUAACUCCAAUCCAAUCCUAAUGAUGGAUACCAUCUCAAUAUCCUCGUCCUCGAGUCAAGAAACAAAUCCUGUGCCUUCUUCUUCCGUGAUGAUGAUGAUGGAGGAUGAGUCUUUAACCCAUCAUCCUGCAACCAGCAAUGAUCUACUCUCAAGUCAUGGUGAUACUAUUCAUGGUGAACAACCAUCCGCAUUGAAUCCUCUCCUAACAAUAGGCUCAUCAAUUUCUUCCAAAUCUGCACAGACUCCCUCUUGCUCUGAACAACAAGAUUCAAAGAAGAGAAAGAUGAUUGAAUUGUCGAGCGAUGAAGAAGAAAAUGAAUGUACAAAGGAAAACAUUCCUCCUGUUUUAUCUCAACAUGAGAAUGUCCCAUCUGUGUCUCCAAAAAAGAAAAAGAAGAAAAAAGAUGCAAUCCUAAACUCAGCAAAUACCACUACUACAUCAGUGUCCUCUGCCAAUGCGACAGCUACCACUGCAAGUAGCACAACAGAUUCAACCACUUCAAAAACUCCUACCACUGUUGAAGAAUGUCAACAAGCCAUUCAACAAUUGGAACAAGAGAUUAAACAAUUGAAACCAUCAUUAGAAGACUCUAAAAAGAUUAGAAAAGAUGACAAGAUUCGAAAAUAUUUGAAGAAAUUUAUUGAAUUUUGUACAUGGAACAAGGAGUUCCAGAGCAACAAGAAUGUAUUUCCUGUCAAGCUCACUUAUAUUAAUUUGCUUGUUGGAUAUUGUCAAGGCUCAAUGCUCGAAAUGGACGAUCUCAUCAAUGAUAUUCGAAGUACUUGGGUCAAAAUAGCAAACAAGAAGAGCUAUGCCUCUACACCCAUAACUGAGGAUUCACUUCCAACCAUGGAUGCAUUCAAGAAUGCUAUUAACCUUCAUAUGGAACGAAAGUCAUACGGUGUGAAAGAUAUUUGUGACAUGAAUGUUUGGGAAGCAAGAAAACUCUCUACAUUGACAAGCAAACUUGGAUCCAAUGCGAAGGAUGCCACCACUCUUGCCAAGCAAAUGAGAGGCAAUUUCAAAAAAGCUGUCGAUGCUAAAAUUAAGGAAAUUACAAAACUGAACAAGUUGAAAGCAAAACUCGAAAAGGCAAGCACAAAGAAGCCAACAAAGAAGGAUCAAUCCAAUGCCUCAUCCUCUCUUUUAACCUCACCAAAGAAGAAUUCUGCACCAGCCGUAAAGUGUAAGAGUAUCACACUUUUCACACAAAAGUGCAAGAUUUUACAACAAGAUCAGGUUGUAUCUGCUCCUGUCUGUAGAACUCAACGUGUCACAUCUUUGGAAGAAAUUGAUUCUGUAAUGGCGGCCCAAAACCAUUCUCUUUCUAUCAAGACUGUUCUCUCUGAGAUGAAAGAACGUGUCUCUGACAAAAAGAAGCCAAAACGUAAUGCUCUCAAAUGUUUCUCUUUUUAUGGUAAAACUCAAGUGAUGAAAAAGACAGAGGAAGGUCUUGUAUCCAAAGUUGUGACAGGCAGAAAACCCUUCGUCAAAGAUCCAUCUGUGACUUAUCCUGAGGAAGACGAUGAGGACAUAAUGGAAGACGAGGGUGAAGAGCUUGUUCUUGGUGAAUUAGAUCCUGUUGAUGGAGAAACUCUUGAAGGAGAGGACGAUGAAGAAAGCGAUGAAAUGGACUUUGACGACGAAGAUGAAAGCAUGGGAUACAACACCAUUUGUGCCGAUGAUAUAAUAGAAUAUGAAGAUGGUAAGAUUGAGCAUAUCGAGACUGCAGACAUCUCAAAAAAGAAGAAGAAAUUGUCUGACUUGGAUCCAAUCUAUGAAUAUUCAAAUCAACUUAAGGAGUGUUCGUUUGUAGUGGAUGAAGAUUUCACAUUUGAUAUUUCUGAACUACAUUGUAAUCAUGUUUACUGGUGGGUGCCAGAUCAUAACAAAACCCAAAAUGAAAAGAAGGUAAAAGAAGGAGACUCGACCACGACAACAAACAAUUCGAGUGACACUAUCAUGACAUCACCAAAGAAAAAAGGUGACAAGUCCUUGGAUUUGACAUCACCUAAAAAGGAAGAUGUAUGGGCAGAGGAUGUUCUUACUCAUUUCAAAAAUGUGUUAGCAACAAGCUCCUCGCAAACCGACAUUGUGAAGGCCAUGGCUGAGAAAUAUCCAGAUCUAUCGAAAAACAGAAUUCAUAAAAAGAUUAAGGAAGUUGUUGUGAAAGAAAAACGAGAAGGAGAUUCGAAACAAAGGUUCUACAUGAAACAAUGA